AUGGCCACGAAGGCACAAACUGCGUCUGGCUCAAAGCCGUCUGCCAAUGCCGGCACUCCAAAUCAAACGUAUGACUUCGGCCUCCGACUGUACUUGCGAAAUCUCCCCGAAAAAAUCAACAAGAACGAGCUAAAACGCGCCCUGUACAUGUUAUUCUCCACGUACGGACCAGUGCUCGAUAUUGUCACCAAUCGACUUGGCUCGAAAGGCCAGAGUAUGCGCGGACAGGCACAUGUUGUCUAUAGAGAUAUUCAGACGAGUACGCAGGCUAUGCGAGCGCUACAAGGGUUUGACUUUUUUGGAAAAGAAAUGGUCAUUGUCUACGGCAAAGGACUGUCUUCCAUAAUACCCAAACUCCGAGGCACUUUCGAACCUUUAAGCACAGGCAGUGGCGCAAGCGAGACUACCGCUCUACAGAAAUCUAUCUUCAAUGCUCCGCCUUCUGGACUGUCGGACAAGCCAACAGAAAACGGUCAACAGCAGUCUGAAAUCAACGGCGAACCUCAUGGUAUUAAACGAGUCAGAGAAGAGGAAGAAGAGGAAGAAGAAGAUGACGAUGCUCCAAUGGAAGAGGACGAGGACGAUGCUCCGAUGGAAGAGGAUGAAGAUUGA